AUGGAUGAGGAAACAGAGCAUUCACCUGGCAAAGAAUCUGAGCAGUUGGCAACUCCAUUUAAUAACCUCAGGGUAGACGACACGCCUAAGCAAGAAUCAGGAGUUCCGUUUAAGGACCUCAUUGACAAGCUUCUGAUAUUACCAGCAAACAAGAGCGACUCAAAAUUUGUCCCUUCAUUCUUAUGUCUCUAUAGGGCAUUCACCACCCCUUACAAGCUGCUCUCCGCAGUUGUCGAUCAGUUCGUUACGAUAGAUAAGACCAAAAUGGUUCAUUUCACAAAGGUUGCAGAAAUGCUACGAUAUUUACAGGUGCUAGCACAAUGGACAGCCACCUAUCCUGGUGAUUUUGCCAAUGGCCCAGCGCGAGAGCUAGCUUUGACGUUCAUUCAAAGCAUCGAAAACAGCAAAGUAUUUGCCCCAGCAGCAAGAGAAAUUAGCAAUAAUCUGGAUACUCUAAUUGCUGACGAGGAUUCUGACUGGGCGUUUGAUGACUCACCAGGUGCGUCGAAGGGAAAAGGCGCGUCGACCAACCAUAAGAAGACUCCCACGACGUCUUCAAAUUCGAUGCGAUCUCCAAGUAAUGAGAAUGUCUCCAAAAUGGGCCGAAAGGCAAAUUAUCGGAAUGAUGACAGCGACGACGAAGGCGACGGUGCCAACUCUUCGACUAGAGGGUCUGGAGUCCAUUCCAAUUCGUCCAGCAUUAUCAUCAAAAAUUAUAACGCUUCCAGUCAAUCAUACUCCAACCUGAUGCAGUUGGAGACUGCUAAGUUGCAGGCCGAGAGACUCAAACCGAAUCCUCAUAUUCGUCUUACCAAGUUUCAAUGGCACCAAUUUAUGGAAACCCCGAUCGAUGACCUUGCUCGGGAGAUCACUCGAGUUGAUUGGACAAUGUACUCUUCUAUCAGGCCGAGGGACUUCGUCCGACAUGUUUGUCUGACCACAGAACAGAAAAGAAACUCUCGUCGUGUUGACAACAUCAGCAUGAUGGUAAAACACUUUAAUCACCUGGCGUUAUUUGUAUCAGGGAUGAUACUUCUGCGAGAUAAGCCAAAACACCGUGCGAGAGCAUUGGAAAAAUUCAUGGCACUGGCUUGGAAAGUGAGACAACUCAACAACUAUAACUCCCUCGGCGCCAUAGUGGCGGGUAUUAACGGACAUGAAAUUGGUCGUCUCAACUCAACCAGAGAGAUGGUUCCACAUGAAGUGCAGAGGCAGUUCCUGAGACUCACAAUUCUCAUGGGCAUUUCAAGAUCUCACGCCGCAUACCGAAUGGCCUGGGAAAAUUCAUUCACAGAGAGAAUUCCCUUCCUUCCACUUGUCAGACAAGAUCUUACCAUGGCAGCAAGUGCGAAUCCAACCUUUAUAGGUUCAAAUAUCAACUGGAAGAAGUUUGAAAUCAUGGGUGAUGUGAUUGUGGGCAUACAGAAAAGUCUAGAGCAACCGUAUUCGUUCGGCCAGCGGACAGCUCGUACCGAGGAAAUCACUCGGUUGAUUCUUGAAACCAAGAUCGUUGACGAGUCAGAGGACUCGGCCGAUCCACGAAGUGAAUUAUACGAUCGAAGCAUUCAGGUUGAACCGACAGGUGCCGAUUCUAAAAAAAAGUUUGAAUGGUUAAGGCGUUGA